UAUGUUUUAAGCAUAGAAUAAUUUUAAAUCAUUUAAGGAAUUGAAUAAUUUAGAAGAGAGACAAACAAAAUGUAAAUAAAAAUUAAAUCAACAUCCUGAAAUGAUUCCUGUCAUUUUGGAGAAGCAUCCAAAAUCUAAAAUGCCAUAAUUAAACAAAUCAUUGUAUGUGAGAUCUUUAUCAUAUUGAUAUUUAGUAACAAAAGGUUUUCGUAUGAUUUAGUUUAGAGAUACCUUAAAAAACACCUUAUAAAUAUCUCCUAAGUAAUCCUUAUAUUUUCAUAUUGGUAAUCAACUUCUUCCUGAAGGUAUUAUUAAUUUAAUUCUUAAUUAGAUGUCAAAUUAAUAGAUAUAUACGAGAAGAAAAAAGACCCAGAAGAUGGGUUUUUAUACAUCACUUAUUCUGACUUAGAAGUUUUUGGUUGA